GACGGCACAUGACCUUGCCCCCUGUCUCCGAUGUUCCGACUUGGGGUGGGACAGCACGUCCGGCCGAGCUGGACAACCUGGCAGGAUGCAUGAAAGGCUCCGGCGGCUUCUACCGGAUAUGCUGAACAUCAAACGUCACCGGGGAAUUCCGGCAGGCGCAUGGCCCAAACCCUAGCCCCCCUGAAACUGCCCAGCAAGAGGGCGGCCACGCUGUCGUCGCUCGAAAACUCGGCCUUCGGGAUGCCUCACCGGAGACUCGUUUCGGAAACGGUGCCCACUCAUGCAGAAUUGCAGUCCCGAACGGCUCUGUUUCCGAGCUCCAUCAUCAAGAGGGGCGGCGAUGGCGCCAAUUUCGUCAAGGUGAAUCUCGAUCGCAGGAAGAGGUUCCUCAGCAGGCGGUCAAGGUUCAGGAAGAGGCGGUUCUGGGAGGGGAAUGAUGGGCACGACGAUGCAGGUCUAGUAGGCAGUUUACUUCAUCAUUUUAUGCAGGAAAAAAGAAGGGAAAACCACAUUGAUAAGAAAUGAACAAAACGUGUAGGCUGCAAACAACGGGACAAAUUGGCCCAGCUCAUGAAUUACAUGAGACAAUAUUACAAUCUGUUCAUGCAUGUGCAGCUUUCAUCCAAGAUGAACAUGACCCAACAUCACUCCCCAACUGGCUUCCUGAGGACUGUGAAUGCUUGAAAUUUAAACGAGUUGCUGGCUGCAUUUCCAGUCUGCGGGAA